AUGACAAACUCUGGGCAACCUUCCUAUAAUGGCACAGAUACCGAACCCUUUCCAAGCCUCGAUAAUGCGUCACCAAACCCUGAUCAUACAAACAUAAACGCCGACUCUUCAUCUGUUGUCGAGAAUCGCCCAGCGGCCUCUUCAUCCUUGAGUGGCCGUCUACGCAGAGUUUCCCAGAGUUUCGAAGUUUCCGGUCCCCCUGAAGGGUUUAUGGCCGCUACAGGAACCAUCGCAGCAUCCAUAUUCUCGCGACAGACUGUGGCCCGAAGGCCAUCAGACACCUCGAUACCGAUGCAAACAAGCCAGUCCCUUGGGGACACAUCCAGACAGAGUAUAUUCCCAGCUGUCAACGAAGAGCCACCCGAAGAGAAGGCGAAUGCAAGCGUCGCGUCCCCGAGGCGAAACUUGACUGGCGAGCCUGCUGCGGCGGCCCCUUUCGACAAUGGAUAUCAUUUCCCCCCAAAGCAUUCGUUUGGACAGUCGACGAAACUUGGACUGAUCGCUUUCUGGAAUUAUGUGCGAACACCAACCGGCUUUCUUGUUACCGUAUACGGUCUGAACGUCGUUGCCUGGGGCGGAAUGCUCUUCUUGCUGCUUUGGCGCAAGUGGAUAGAGUGGGACUCGCAGAUACUGAAUGCUCUCUUCUGUGUUACAGGUUUUGGUCUUGCUCCAUGGCGCUUUCGUGAUCUGUAUUACCUGCUUCAGUAUCGGUUCCAGAAGAAGGAAGUUGCCCUUCGACGAUUGGCAGGCAUUCACCGAGGAUGGUUCCGUCUCCCAGGGUCCGAUCAGAUUGAUCCUCAAAUAGGGCCCCAUAAUAUCUCGUCUGCGCCCGAACUAGCCUCAUCACUCGCCUGCCCGUUUCCAGAAGACAAGAUCCCCGACGCUCCGCUGACUGGCGUACGCGCCCCGCCAACAUCCGUCACGAGAAUGGACGCAGUCAUCUGGCUGAUGGUAUGGAACACGUUUCUGCAGUGCGUCCUGUCCGGAUUCAUGUGGGGCCUUAACCGUUACGAUCGUCCCAGUUGGUCUACAGGUCUUUUUGUAGCACUGGCUUGUAUUGUCGCGGCCAUUGGAGGGCUUGUUAUGUUUCUCGAGGGGAAGAAAGUGAAGGGCAUUGAAGGCGUCCCCAUUUCAGAAGAUGACCAGAAGCUACUACAGCAAGAUAGGGAACGUGGUGUGUGGCAUUACAACAAUAUCAAGGACAAAGACUUGGCUGCUGAGGAGGCAAAGAAGAAGAAAAAGGCAAAGGCGAAGUGA